GGUGGAAGGCAUCAGUAUGGUGGAUCGCUUGGUGAAAGCCUAGAGCUUUUCCUGGAUCAAGCCAGGUUGUUCUUUGAAGCUAAGAACAUAGCCUACACGCAUGAUGAUAACCGCAAGCGUGUACUCGCUAUCAUGGUCUCUAACCUAACCGGACAAGCGGCUGCGUGGUAUGUCACACAGGAACAUGAAAUCGUGGACAUCACAGCGCUCGCUGCGGCUCUGCGCCGCGAGUUCAUCCCGCCUGAUCUGCAAGAGCGUCUGCGCGACUCUCGGUACCAGCUAAAACAGCGUGAGUGUCGUGACCUCGCCGAAUAUGUCACUAAGUACCGACAGCUCAUCAGUCGUGUCAAAGACAUGGGCGAGCUUGACAAGAUUCUGCUUUUCACCCGCGGUCUCGUGUCGCAGACACGAGCCGAGGUUGUGUAUCGUCGGUGCAGCACUGUGCACCAAGCUAUUAACGUGGCUAUGGAGUACGCGCGUGCACACCCUAUCCAGUGUGCAUGGACCUCGCGGGUUUUCCCGAUUGGCAGUUCAACGAACCCGGGCCACGAAUAA